UACAGCUCGGUCAUUACAGGAAUUGCCGACCAGUAGCAAAAGUCAGACGCACUCAUUGAGGAGUACUCUGCCUACGGUGAAAGGUGAGGCCAGAGGUUCAACGGAGAAUCAUCGGAAACCUGUGUGUCAUAUUCAUUGGCCAUUAUUCAAGCGCUUGUGUAGCUCUGAACAAAACCCAACACGGUGAAACUGACUCAUCUGCUCCAAUGUGCUUCCGAUGCCUCUCAACUCUCUUCAGCCGUUUCCCUUUGGAAAAGUCAAUGGAUUUAGAAGUGUUCCAGACCUGGUGGAAGGUGUUAAAAAAAUUACCGUAUCAAUGAGAUGAUCUCCCUGUUGUUUUUAUUUUUGUAUCAAAGGUGCGUCUCAUUGUGGGAAAGCAUAAGAAUUUCAUUCAUUGAAGCCAGUGCAUUGAAUCAAAGUAGCUUGGCUUGGGUGGAUCAGCCCAAAUGCUCUUGUUAUUUUGUUCAUGUGGUGGAAUCGGGAGGCUGCAACUGUCCGUCUGCUACUCACCGUUCUCUUCACACUUUGCUCCGGUCGACUUCUGACCCUGAAGAAGAUAAAUCAUCAACCAAGAUUCGACUCUCAGUCGCAGAGGAACAUUCAGAAGGGCUUGAAGGAAAGAAGAUUGUCUGAAAAUUUUU